AUGUUGGGGCGCGGGGCUCGGGGCUCCGAUUGGGGGUUGCUGCUGGCGCUGCUGCUGGCGCUGGGCGUGCUGCCGCGGGUGCGGGGCGUCGAGGAGCCUGGCAGCGCCCACGAAGAGAGCCAGGGUUUCCAGGUGGUCACCUUCAAAUGGUCCCAUGUCCGGGACCCGUACAUCAUCGCGCUGUGGAUCCUCGUGGCCAGCUUGGCCAAGAUCGCUGCCCCGCAGCCGGGCCUUGGAGCGCCGCUGCCAGCCCCCGGGAGUCAGGCCUUCGGCCUGAGCCGGCAGGCAGAGCGAGGCGCGGACUGCGAGCCUGGCCGGGCCCGGAGCGGCCGUGCCGGUCGCCGAGGCAUCACCUUCUGUGGCAUCUGCUGUCAGAAGUACGUGAAGGCUAACAUCUCCGAGCAGUCAGCCACCACCGUGCGCUACACCAUGAAGAUGCUGGCCAGUGGGGCGGAGACCAUAAUCUUCAUGUUCCUGGGCAUCUCGGCCGUGAACCCCCUCAUCUGGAAGUGGAACACGGCCUUUGUGCUCCUGACACUGGUCUUCAUCUCUGUGUACCGGGCCAUCGGUGUCGUCCUGCAGACCUGGGUCUUGAACCGGUACCGGAUGGUGCAGCUGGAGAUCAUAGAUCAGGUGGUCAUGUCCUAUGGCGGCCUGCGCGGGGCCGUGGCCUUCGCUCUGGUUGUCCUUCUGGAUGAGAAGAAGGUGAAGGAGAGGAACCUGUUCGUCAGCACGACCAUCAUCGUGGUCUUUUUCACGGUCAUCUUCCAGGGCCUGACCAUCAAGCCCCUGGUGCAGUGGCUGAAGGUGAAAAGGAGUGAGCAUCGAGAGCCCAAACUCAACGAGAAGCUGCACGGCAGGGCUUUCGACCACAUCCUCUCAGCCAUUGAGGACAUAUCAGGGCAAAUUGGACACAAUUAUCUCAGAGAUAAGUGGUCCAAUUUUGAUAGGAAAUUCCUCAGCAAAAUCCUUAUGAGAAGGUCGGCUCAGAAGUCACGAGAUCGGAUUCUGAACGUUUUCCAUGAACUCAACUUGAAAGAUGCCAUUAGCUAUGUGGCUGAGGGAGAGCGCCGUGGGUCCCUGGCCUUCAUCCGCUCUCCCAGCACUGACAACAUGGUCAACGUGGACUUCAGCACACCACGGCCCUCAACCGUGGAGGCCUCUGUCUCCUACCUCCUGAGGGAGAACAUCAGCGCGGUGUGCCUGGACAUGCAGUCCCUGGAACAGAGGAGGAGAAGCAUCCGUGACACAGAGGACAUGGUCACUCACCACACCCUGCAGCAGUACCUGUAUAAGCCUCGGCAGGAGUACAAGCAUCUCUACAGUCGGCAUGAGCUAACCCCGGACGAAGACGAGAAGCAGGACAAGGAGAUCUUCCACAGGACCAUGCGGAAGCGCUUGGAGUCCUUCAAGUCCGCCAAGCUGGGGAUCAACCAGAACAAGAAGGCAGCAAAACUCUACAAGAGGGAACGCGCCCAGAAGCGGAGGAACAGCAGUGUCCCCAACGGGAAACUGCCCAUGGAGAGCCCCAUGGACAACUUCACCAUUAAGGAGAAAGAUUUGGAACUUUCAGAACCAGAGGAGGCCCCGGACUACGGUGCUGAAAUGGGUGGGGGGAUCGAGUUCCUGGCAAACAUCACGCAAGACAACACGGCGACAGACUCCCCCUCAGGAAUUGACAACCCCGUGUUCUCCCCGGAUGAGGACCUGAGCAUCCUCUCCAGGGUGCCACCCUGGCUGUCCCCUGGGGAGACGGUGGUGCCCUCCCAGAGGGCCCGUGUGCAGAUCCCCUGCUCUCCGGGCAACUUCCACCGCCUGGCGCCCUUCCGCCUCAGCAACAAGUCCGUGGACUCCUUUCUGCAGGCCGAUGGCCCCAGUGGCCCCGAUGGCCCCAAGGAGCAGCCCCACAAGACCCUCCCUGAGUCCACGCACAUGUGACACGGGCUCCGACGUGCCGCUGACCGGACGCUCGUCCCCUCCCGCCGCCGAGAAGCCCCCGCUUCCC